UAGAACUCGCGAGUCGCGAGUGAUGAUGUCAUUCACGUGGGGUUCCGCUGGCCACAACUCCUCCGCGAUCGAAGCGCACCAUCCUCCGCACACCUCGAGUCUCGACGAUCGAUGGGUCUCUAAGCACACAGGAAGAAUAUGGACUUGUGAAGAUGAUAGUCAGACUUCUGUUGAACCCUAGACUCGGCAGAAGAUGGAGAUCGGGAGUAACGCUAACGGGACUCGGCGAGACGCCAGCAACACUCACAAGGCCAUGCGGCAGCGACUGGAGCGACUGGAGAGCUCGCUGAACGCCAUUCCUCCUGCCAUGGAGGAGGCCGUGGAGGGGCUGGAGGCCCACUGCACGGCAGGGAUAAAGCUGGCCUCUCUACUGGAGACUGUUCUUCAAGAUUCGCCCCUCCUUCUCCUGGCACUUCGCUACAAGGAGGCGUGUGAGACGCUACUGGACAAGACGUCACGUGCGGCUCUGGCUCUAAAGGGAGAGCUUGUGGUUCCAGUUAAGAGGCUAGGACCGACUGUCAGUCGCCUGCGGAGCCACAUUGACAGCCAUGCGAAGGCAGCGUCUCGCCACGAAAGUUGUCUGCGGCAGUUGGAGGGGGUUAUGCUGUCUUCCUCAGCGUCUCGCAGCAAGAAGGAUCAGGUUGAGGGAAAGUUCCGCAGCUCAGCCCAGGAGUUUGCCCUGGAGGACCAGCAAUUGGGCCUCGCUAACACUGAGUUCACUCAAAUGAGGACAGAGCUGAUGGGAGGUUGUUUCCUCGGUUACCUGGAGGUGGUGUUCCGAGUGCUAGAGUCUGCGUCUGACCUCCUUGCUCCCCUCGGCUCCUACAAGGAGCUGAGAAAUGACCUCCGCGACUCCCCAGGGUCCUCUGUUCUGAAAGAGGCCACUGUCAGCUGGCUGGCAGCAACCCAGGUAAACCAGAGCCUGCGAUCAUUUGGAGGUCUGACUAGGAACGACGUACAGUGCAUGCUGUACCAACAUCCUGACGGCUUGCCUGACACCAUUCGCUCCGGUAUCAACACAAAGGUCGACCAGCUACUGAAGGUGUACAGCACAGAGCUAGUGAGAGUGGAGACGCCACAUCACGUACUGACUGGAGGAUUCCAUUUUAACCCCAAAGCCAUUGAAUUAGCUCUAAAGGAUUGUUGUAGUGAGCUGGAGGCAAAAGGGGCGGGGGCAGAUCAUGCCUACACUAUGGAGGCAAAGAUGGAGCAGGUGAUGUGUGAUGUACCUCGUACCACUUACAACAUCGGAGGUCGAGAGUUCGGAGCUGCCACUGGGGAGCAGGCAGCAGCCAAUGUCCGGGAGAAGAAGGCUGCAGUGAAAGAUCUCCUGGAGAGGCUAUUAGUGGACUCUGACCUCACGACCCCCCAGUUAGACUCCAACAGAGACCAGAUACUGGAGGACUACUCUCACCACAUCCUCAACGAGUCGUGUACCACUGUCACCAACACCACCGCCAAGACAGCGGUCCAGCUGGUGUUCGGAAAGGCCAACCUUGUCCUAGUGAGGCCUUCGCCUGCCUCCGAGGACAGCAAGCCUGUCCAGAUAUCUGCCAGGAAACACGACUCCACUAUCCUCAUUACUGUCUUCUCGUCAUGGUGGCUUGUGGAGGACUACGCUGCGUUUGCAGUCCUUCAGAGACCAGUGGAUCCAUCAGCUUCACUAGGAGUGGUGGACGCCUGCUACACCAUCGCUCUCAGUAUCAAAAACUACUGCAGUGACAGUCCAUUCCCUGAACUGCCGAGUGUGUCAGUGAUUUACCGCCAUCCUCCCUGUCCCUCUCUCUCCCCAAUUGCCUCGUCCUCCCCUCCUCAACCCAUUGUCGGCAGCAGGGAGAAGGAAAAGCUGCUGGGGUCUUUCACAAUCCUUCGGAACAAGUUCAGAAACAUCUCACAGAAGACUCGUAGUCGGAUGGAGUCGCCUCGUUCUGGACCCACUCUCAGGAUCUACGAGACAGAGACAAAUGGAGGCGAGGGGAAGGAGGUGGGGGAAGAGGAGAGCGAACGUAAGACCUCCACAGACUCAGAGGGACACACUGCACCAGCUCCGUUUGGCAUCGGUCGAUACUCAUCUGGUCGGAGUGACAGUUUUGGGCGAGGCUUGAGGCCAGGAUACCGCCAGGGAAUGCGGAGGAGUGGAAGUGACGACACGAUGAGCAGCCAGAGCACCCUCGUCCCCCACUCUUCGCUCCUCCACUCGGAGGACAAUCCUCUGGGGAUAGCAGACCUCAUACCCACCUCGCGACCCACUCUGACUCAGUCCAGAGUGAGAGCUCAUGACAAGUACCGCUUGCACAGCUACCAGGCAUUCCGGGCCGAGGUGGGGAAGAGAGGGAAAGAGAGGGAGGAGGAAAAAGAAGAUGACCAGCGAACUAUCGAAGGGUCUCCAACCGGUCAUGAUAUCAGUAUAGUGUCGGACAGGGAGUUAGAAAGAGUCUACUCUCUACUGUCCUCUGACAACAGCUCCCUCACUUACCCUGACUACCAAAUGGGGCGCAAGACAAGCUACCCUGCCGGAAAGAAGGCAGGGUUUCAGGAUCGUCAUGGCAAUGACUACAGUGGCGGGGAGGGGAGGUACCAGUAUGGGGGGUAUGGUGCUGGGGGAGGGUAUCUGGGGACUGGCUACGGAGGCGGGAGAGAUCCUGAACAGAAGGACAGAGAUGUUGGCAGUUCCAACAGUUCAGGGAUCGAGGAUCCGUACAACCACCGCUCGCGGUCAGGGAGUGCUGCCAGUAUGCAUCCAGAGACGGAGGGAGGGAGAGAGCGGGGGAAUGGCGGAGGAGGUGGACACAGCUCCAGUACCUCACUGGACUCUGGGGUUGGCGGGGCCAGGAAGGGAGGAGGGGAGGAGGUGGCGCGGCUUCAUCGUGGGGCUCAGGACCUGCCCAUUGCCCACCUGAGCAGCAAAGGUCUGGGGUCCCUGAUCCACCCAGACCAGGGAGAAGACUACCCUACAAUGUUUGACAUGGAGAGACCUCCUGUCUCGUCGUCUAGCAGUGGAGGAUCCAGUCCUGUCAUGUUCCGGACCCGCAGUGUUGACAACAUCCGACUUCCUGAGAGAUCAACGUCUCGUUCCUCCACCCACUCAAUGCCGCCAGGCUCGCUCCAUGGGUCCACCUCCAGUCUCAAUGACUUUGACCAUACCCCCGGGUCCAGGCCACGCCCAUUUGACUACAGAGGUCCCCUGUCUCAGGGUUCACUGGAGGACCACUACUGGGACUACCGGGAACAUCCUCGUCCUCCUGAACACUUUGGACACCCUCCAUACAACUAUUCUGGCCCCCCAGGGGGACCGCACGGGGGACCAUUCAAUUACGAGGGAGGCUACGGGGAGCCUCCCCCUCAUGAGAGGCACAGUCGUUCAAUGCAGGGAGGAGUGAGAGGACAUUCUGGGGACUUCUCUCCAGGUCCCCCGAUGGAUCACAGACCCCAUCCUCCAUACUGGCAUGGACCUGGGAGUUUCGAUGGUCCUCCCCCUCAUCCCCAGAGUGGACCUCCCCUCCCUCCGCGUCAGAUGCCAAUGCCACGCCCACAUGGACCGCCGGGAGCAAGACUCCACCCACCUCCUGGACCACACCCGAUGCACGACAACAGAUUCCAGCCGGUCCAGUUCCGACCCAUCGCUCCGCCGAGCCCCUCACCUGCCAGUCUGCAUUCCAUGUCUCCCGCCCCCUCCCCACACCCCACCCCUCCCCCAACUCCCCCUCCUCGCCCCCAUCCUCAAGUUCACGGACCCCUCCCUCUAUGCCCCCUCCGUAUCACUCCCCAGGUCCCCACCCCCACAUGCACCCUCUCCCACGAGACUUCCACCCUCCACCGCCUCCUCCAAUGGGCCCCCCUCAUGGCUACAGAGGCCCAGUGCCCCCCAGAGAACAAACUUUUGGACCCCCGCCACCAUUUGGACCCUGUCCAUCCCCGGGUCCCCCAGUUUCGGGCCCAGGGAGGUUCCCCCUGCAUGGCGGGCCCCCUCCGUGGGACUGGAGACAGCAUUGACAGAAUAGGCUGCCAUAUCACUCUUUGAUUCAAUGCCUAUAUACUUCACACCAGAACCCUAUUGUUAUUGUUA